CUCGAUUUUAAGUAUUAGUAUUGUCAUCCUCAAAAAUGACAAUGGGUCAUUUGCUUCGUUCUUUGAUUAUCAUCGGCUUGGCUAUUCAGCUUUGCAAUGGAACAUGUUAUUGGAGUAAACCAAAGUAUAAAAAAGUAUCAGUCAACUCAUGCUCAACUAGUAGUUCUUCCUCAACUACUGUUAGAGCUUCAUCAAAGUUCAAUGUUUUAAAUUCAAAGGUUAAAAUUGAAGACCUUGAAAAAGGUCUUAAAAAAAUAAGCACAAACUCUCAAGAAGACAGCAGUGAGUACGACGAUGAAAGUUGUGAGGACUUAAAUUACAGAGAUACUCAAUCAACACGGAAAUUACAAACCUUCGUACAAAGUCGUGCUCUUUCAAAAAAAAUUAAGAAAACAAUAAAAAAAACGGCUAAAAAGAUCUUAAGAAAAAAGAUUAUUCCUGUAAUCGCGAACAAAAUUAUUAAGUCUGCUACGACAAGAUCUACAAAUAAUGGCUUUCAAAAAUCGUUACAGCAAAACCAGCAAAUUGGUAGUACAACAAUUACGACGAGAACAAACACCGUGGGUGUCAACGGAAAUAUAUUUCUGUCAAUACCAACAGGAUACGUGGCGAACACAAUGACAACAACAACAACUAGCUUAUUAACUGAAGAAGAAGCUAUCCGAUUAGGACUCUUGAGUAACACACUAAUUGGUGGAAGUCAAACAUAUACGUCUUAUCAAACUGAUGGACAAUAUAGUACUGGUGGACAAUAUAGUACUGGUAGAAGUGUUAGUAGGUCUAUCAAUAGCCAAACGUCUCAAGUACAAAACAAUGGAAAUGGAUAUUAUUUAAACGGUAAUUCACAGAAUAUCGUAAGUUCAGAUGGUUUAAAAAGUAUUAAUGGAAAUUCACAACAGUAUAAUAGAUACACAUCAGCAAACAGUUAUAUAAGUAAUAAUAAACAACAAGACACUGGUCGACAAACUAUGGGAAGAUUGUAUCAAACAAAAAAAACUAAUUCAAUAAAACGUAAAAUUAAUCAACUUAAAACAUCAAAUAAUGGUGUGGAAGCCGGUGAAUAUGAUCGUGAAGAUAAUGAAAUUAAUGAUAAUAUUGAAAAUGACCAAAAAGUAGGCGUCACAAAUGUUAAAACAUCAGGACAAUAUACAUUUUCAUCAGAUAAUAAGAAUCAAAUAAACAAGAAUACAAAUGGUAAUAAAAUUAAUAACUUAAGUAAAACAACUAAAUCAAGACAAAUUCAACAAUAUAGCACUGCUCAUAGACGCAGUAUUAAUAAAUCAGAUGAAUCAAAAUCUUCAGACGAAAAUAGUGACGAAAAGAAUAAGGUAAAAUCAAUUGUUAAACAAACCGUAGAGAAUGAUAACAACAAUGAAAAUGAUAAAAUAAAGGUUAUUAACUAUAAAAAUGAAAAAUCUGAUAAUAAAUAUAAUGAAAAUAAUAAAAUAGUGGUUAUUAAGGAUAAAAAUGUUAAAUUUGAUGAUAUCGAUGAUGAUAGUGAGGAACAAGAAUCAUCGGACGACGAAGUAUCGGUGUAUGAAUAUUUGAAUACAUAUCAGAAGUUCAGAUUUGAUAGAGGUCUAAAUGCAGUUGGUAUAAUAGGAGAAGUCUUAAACCAAUUAGAUUACCAACGUUAUACACUUAUGGAAGAUUUAAUAUAUCCACAAGACUCCACGCGUUAUGUCAUAAACAACGAAUCAUUCGAUUUUAUCAUAGUCGGUGGUGGUAAUGCGGGAUGCGUUCUUGCAAACAAAUUGUCUGAAAAUAUCAAAUGGAAAAUAUUAUUAAUUGAAGCAGGUGGAGACCCCUUCCCUGUAACUCAAAUUCCUAAUUUAUGGGAUAGGUCAUUAAAUAGUGAUGCAGACUGGCAAUACAAAAUACAACCAGAUAGUACAACUGGAUUUGGAAUUGGUGGUAAUAUGAAACUACACAAAGGAAAAUGUCUAGGAGGAAGUAGUACUAUAAGUCCUCAAAUUUAUGUUAGAGGAAGUGAACAACUCUAUAAUUCACUUGUUAAAAAGGGUUUGAAGAAUUGGUCGUACAAUACAACGGAGACCUACUUUAAAAAGGUUGAAAAAAUCCGUUCGAUUACAAAAACCGAUACAAACACUACUAUUUAUGGAAAAUGUGGACUUAUCCCUGUGAGCAAAUUCCGAAAAACUGAAGUAAGUGUUUUAGAAAAAGUCAUAUGUUCUGGUUUUGAACAUAUCGGGUGUAAAAAACAAAGUGAUAUUAACCAAAAAGAUAUCGAAAUUGGAUUUGUUUCAAUGCAAGGUAUAAUUAAGAAUGGUAGAUCUAUGAACACCGCUAAGGCAUAUUUAAGCCCAGUUUUCGGCCGCGAAAACUUGAAAGUAAUGAAAUAUACUAGAGUUACAAAGGUUUUAGUAGACAAAACAACAAUGAAAGCAACUGGAGUUGAACUACAAACGAAAUACGGUCAAAUUCUUACACUGAAAUCUAACAUGGAAGUCUUACUUUGUGCUGGAGCUGUUGGUUCUGCUCAGAUAUUGUUGGCUUCAGGUAUUGGGCCUAAGAAGCAUUUGUCCGAAAUGGAAGUUCCAGUAGUCAAAGACUUAAAAGUAGGACAGAACUUCCUAAUUACUCCAGUGUUUACUGGUUUUGUUAUGUCCUACGACAAAUCAAUUGUUUGCAAUCAAACAGAAGAAGAAAUUGCAUUCAAAUACUUGUCUAGACAUUCGGGACUCUUAAGUAGACCUAACGGUUUGAGUUUUGGAGGAUUUUUAAAUACUGGAAUAUCUGGAUCUUCGUUUGCGGAUGUUGAAGUUUAUCAAUAUUACAUACCCAAAAACACUUAUUCUAAGUUAUGCCAAUUAAAAGCGAUAUUUGGAUUUAGUGAUACCAUGUUAUCGGUGUAUGCUAAAUUGAAUUACGAACGUGCUAUUUCUAUUUUCACAAUAUCACUGAUAAACGCACAAAGUACCAGCAAAAUUCUUUUAAGAAGUAAGAACCCAAUGGACAGUCCGAUUAUUGUUGGCAAUAUGUUGACGGAGAAAAAUGAUGUAAAAAGUUUCCUCGCAGCCAUCAAAUUACUGUCCAAAAUUGAAAAAUCUGAUGGAAUGAAGUUAGUAAACGCGAGGUUAGAAGAUAUUGAUAUUGACGGAUGUGCAAAAUAUAGCAAAAAGACCGAUGAGCACUGGGAGUGCUUACUAAAAUACAUGAUGUCUACAACAUCAAGUACUGCCGGAUCGUGUCGUAUGGGAGUUGAAACUGACACAGAUGCUGUUGUUGACAGUGAAUUGAACGUGGUUGGUAUUUCUAAUUUGCGAGUAGUAGGUCGAUCUGUUAUGCCAUUGAUUACUAGUGCCUACAGUCAUGUCCCUUGUAUCAUGAUCGCUGAAAGGGCAUAUGGUAUGAUAAAAAGUAAAUACAACUAAGAACCAAACUACUCGAUUAAAUAUUGUUUUUAGAAUUUAAAGCACUGUGUUUACUUUAUUAUUAUAUUCAUUAAAAAUCAGAAGGAAUCAAGUUCUCUUUACGAAAAAAAAAAAACAAAUAAAAUACUAAGCACAUUA